UGUGGAGACCCCUAAUGGGAGCAGCCGAAAAAAGAAGAAGAAGAAGAAGAGGAAUACUUUUAUUCUCUGUCUCCUGUUUGUCUUCCUCUUUCUUGUAACUAACUCUUCCUGGCAACAUUCUCUCUCUCUCUCUCUCUCUCUCUCUCUCUCUCUCUCUCUCUCAGAUUUUAGUUUCGUCGGAACGCUGCAACUCCUUUACACACACACACACACACACACACACAAGCGCGCGCGUUCUGACGUAUGUAGUUAAAACGGUGAAACACUGAAAGAGCGCCUGUGAAGAAACACUGCGCUGAAACACUCCGCCCUUUACACUGCUAGAGGAAGUCACACUGCCACGCGCAUAUAAAAAGGGAAGGAGUGUGUGAGUAAUUGUGUGUGUGUGUGAGAGAGAGUGAUAGAGAGAGAGAGAGAGAGAGACUGAGAGAGAGAGAGAGAGAGAGUGAGAGUGAGAGUGAGUGUGUGUGUGUGUGUGUGUGUGUGUGUGUGUUUGAGUUAGAGUUAAACAGUAAGGAAGUGAAGAUGGCUGAGAGUAAAAUGAGCUCCAACAUCAGCGGGAAUAUCGGAGCUGGAGCAGGAUUUCUGGCCAAGAAGUUCCAGAAGUCCAUGAACAGAGCGCAGGAGAAGGUUCUUCAGAAGCUUGGGAAAGCCAUGGAGACGAAAGACGAGCAGUUUGAGCAGUGUGCAGCCAAUCUGAACAAACAACAGGUGGACAGUUACAGGUUGUUCAAGGAUGUGAAGGCAUACCACAGUGCAGUCAAAGCAAUGCACGAAACAUCAAAACGUCUCUCUCAGACCCUGAAGGACGUGUACGAGUCAGACUGGCAUGGGGUCGAAGAUCUCUCUGUUAUCAUGCAGAGCGAGGAUCUUCUGUGGAAUGAUUACGAGGAGAAGUUGAGCGAUCAGGUGGUUCGUACGAUGGAGAACUACAGCAGCCAGUUCCCUGAGGUCAAAGAGCGAGUCGCUAAACGUGGACGUAAGCUGGUAGACUAUGAUUCGGCUCGUCAUCACCUGGAGUCGCUGCAGAACGCCAAGAAGAGAGACGAAACAAAAAUAUCUAAAGCUGAUGAAGAGUUCAAUCGAGCUCAGAGUGUGUUUGAGGACAUAAACACGGAGCUGAGGGAGGAGCUUCCCGUCCUCUAUCAAAGUCGCAUCGGCUGCUAUGUCACUGUGUUCCAGAACAUCUCAAACCUAAGGGACGUCUUCUACAAAGAGAUGAGCGUGUUGAAUCAUGAUAUCUACAACGUCAUGAAGAAGUUAGAGACUCAGCACUCCACCAAGACCUUUAUCAUUAAAGGCCUCAACAGCACUGCAUCUAAGAAGAGGAAAUCCCUGACCAUCUCCGCACCCAUUCCCUGCAACACCGCGUUUCCUCCUGACCAUCCCGCUCUUGGCAAACUCAGCGUUCCUGAGGAACUUAGUCACCGAGGCUCAGAUACGCGCUCCGGGAACACGCUGAAGGAAAUUUCAGACUCGGACGACUCGAGCACUGCUGAGAGCAUCCCGAGCACGCCCAGUCGCCAGUCCGUGUGCUCGGAAAGCAACUCGAACGCCACUGACACCACGGAGCAACCACAGAGAGAUCGUGCGGAGGAGGAACGUGCAGAGGAGGAACACGCAGAGGAGGAACGUGGAGAGGAAGAACGUGGAGCGGGGGAACUUGAAGAAGAGGAACAUGGAGAGGAGGAGGAACGCGUAUCUGCCUCGUUGCCUCCAUCACAGGACACACACCCACCUGAGACUGGAGCUGAGGAGCAUGAUGAAGCAGAUGAUGAAGCUCAGGAGUCCAUCACCACAACGAAACAUGAGGAAGAGACGAGAUGUGGAGAGAAUGAAGAUGGAAGAGGGGGAGAACGGGAAGAGAGCGAAGGGUUAAAGAGUGAACAGGAGGUCAUGAGGCAGCAAGCGGACAGUUCAGGACCUCCAGGAUUCCUCUACAAGGCUGUUGCUUUGGAGACCCAGGAUUCAGAUGAGGGUAUGCUUCUGCUCUUCACUGAGGGAGACGUGCUCCUCAUAUUCACUGAUGAAGAAGAAGACAAGCCGGAUGGUACCGUAUGGGCGAUCAGAGAACAGGACUGGAUCCAGUAUAAAGACCUGACGCUUCUUUCAGGCAUCGUCACGGAGACGCUGAUUCGGCGACUCGACUGAUCUGAGAGAAAGAAUUCUGGCACUCGGAGGACACGGACCUGCUUUCAAUUCUGUGUGUGUGUGUGUGUGUGUGUGUGUGUGUGUGUUCUGACCAUCAAUUCAGUAUUUUCAAAACAUUGUUACAGGUGAUGACAUAAUUUCAGUGUUUAAAGUGCAAUCGCUUCUAUUUCUAAAAGGUUUUUGAUUUUUUUUCUUUUUUUUUUUACUUUUUUCCUAAACACUCUCUCUCUCUCUCUCUCUCUCUCUCUCUCUCUCUCUCCCUUUCUCUUUCUCUCUUUCUCUCGCUCUCAAAAAAGUGAAAUUCAAAUAGAGAAUACAAAAACUGUGAAACGUUCUGAACAUUUUAUACACAUUUUUUUUUUAAAUAUGUACAGCUAUAGCUUUACUUACUAUAUAUUCAAUAAAGAUUUCCUGUCUAUAA